AUGGCUUCUAGUCAAAACUCGCACGAAAUAGUAAUAGUUGAAGAGGCGCCUAUCAUUGACGAUGGAAACGGUGCUCCUUCACCGAUGACUUCCAGUCAAAACUCGGUCGAAAUAAUGGAAGAAACGCCUGUCAUUGGCGGUGGAGACAGCGUUCCCUCAGGCAGUACCAAAUUUGAGAGAUACUUCCCGGAAGAUCCCUUCGGAGGUGGAGUACUCAUGGCGGUGUUCAAUGGCAAGGGGUUGCUCUAUAGGAGAGAUACCUAUUUUCAGGCUAAGUUGACGACAGCGGAGAGAAUAUUUCGCUUCUCUCCGCAGUAUCGGUUCCGAGGCGCCGACGUCAAUAUUACCGUUUGGAGAGACGAAGCGUCGGGUUCCAAGCCUUCAAUUACAAAAGUUUUCCCCACCGUACUCGCAGUUGAUGUAAGCGAACGGGAGGUUCAGGACACCAACGAGGUUAUUGCCGGUGCAGGAGCGUCGGCCGGACCAGGGCAAGUGAAUACGAGCGUGAAGCAGACACAUCACGACAAAGCGAAUUUCCAAGGAAGGAGGAAGUUGCAUGGCCUUGUCAAAGGACAUAAUACUGCAUCCUGGAGACUCUACGAGGAACCAGGAAGUCAAAGCGGGAUACCAUCGAUUUUCAGGCUUGUUACUCUCGUUCGGUGCCUCAAAGGAGGGUUCAAAGUUCAGCUGGAAGUAUCUGCUAGAAUGGUGAAGUGGCCAAAGCUCUUCGGCCUCCACAAUCUCUUCUUCGACUCUGGCUUCAGUGCACGUUCAUACAUACGCACUGUUUCACCGCAACCUAUUCCCUUCGACUGGCGCAAAUUGUAUGAGGAAGCCAAAAACAUAAUCCCUGACGACAGAAGCGACAGGGAAAAUUGGAACACAGAUGUGAGUGAAUUCAGGGCAGAAUGCGAAGCUGCCGGUAGUGUUGACGGUAAAAAGAAGAUGCUGGUGGGCUUUUACGAAGAUCUUGAAGACGUAGGAGGGGUUGUCAGAAAGGUGAAAGUAACAGCCCUUGCGGGAUUGAAGGAGUACCUGGCUAGUCAGGAAGAGUCUAAGAAGUUCAUAAAGAGACUUCGGAAGGGGAUGGAGAUACCCGUUCCUGAAGAGCAAAAGGUCUCGUCUUUGACUGCAACAGAAACCUCAGGGGGGAGCGAUGCGGACGAUGAAGACGCUUCCUUGCCCCGAGUUAGCAUGCCAUAUGGCUUGCAAAUAGCUCGCGACGUAGAGGCAGUCUGA